UCCCCAGGAAUCCUGGGUGGCCUUAGCUGUGGGAGGGGGUCUUCCGGAGGCCGGGGCCCGCGGGCCUCCCGCUGCCAUGGCGGGGCUGGGGACGGAGCAGGCACUAGCGGGUGUCAGGUGCGAGGAGGCCAGCAGCCUGAGGGUGGAGGCCGUGCGGGAGGGGGCGGCGGCGGGGGCGGCACCGGCGGCGGCGGCGGCAGCCGCUGCAGCAGCGGAGGCGGCGGAGGCGGAGGCGGAGGUGGUGGGCAUGGGGGAGGCGUUGGUGCUGCUGGUGGACGACGUCAUGGGGGUGGUGGAGGAGGUGGUGGUGGAGGAGGAGCAGGAGCCGCAGGAGGAGGAGGUGCAGGCCGAGGAGCGGGGAGAGAAGCCCCUGGAGCAGGGGCCCGCAGAGCCAGGGCGCGGACCCGCGACCUCCCUGAGCCCGCUGGAGGCGCUGGAGGCCCUUCAGUUAGAGCUGGAGCCUGUGAAUAAGCAAGCCAGGAGGGCCUACUCUCGUCUCAAGCUCAGGAUACAUCAGAGGCGGAAGCCCCAUCUCGAACAGAGAAGUACCGUCAUCCAGGGCAUCCCUGGCUUCUGGGUCAAAGCCUUUGUGAACCACCCCCGGAUGUCAGCCAUGAUGACUGGCCGAGAUAAAGACCUGCUUCGCUACAUGACCGAUCUGAAGGUGGAGGAACUGAGGCAUCCCAGCGACGGCUGCAAGAUCACGUUGUCCUUCGGGAGCAACCCCUACUUCCAGAAUGAAGUGAUUGUUAAGGAGUACCUCGUUAGCAUCAGCGGCUACAGGGCAUCUCAGUCCACUCCAGUUCAGUGGCACCAGGGUUUUGAACGUGAGGCUUACAGGCGCAGGCAGCACAACAGCAGCCUAAACUUCUUCAACUGGUUCUCCGACCACAGCCCUGCGGGGUCUAGCAGGAUUGCUGAGGCCCUGCCCAGAUCAUCAGUAAGGACCUGUGGCCCAAUCCCCUGCACUACUACUUGAGGAGGAAGGCACCGGGAAGGGGAGCUGAGAGGAGGACAGGCGCUGCCAGAGUUUGAGACAGAUAUGACCGAGCGGCACCCUUGACCUAAACUAGCAGAGAAGACCUAAGAAGCUUCUUCAGAGGAAGCUGAGUGGUCAGCACGGUUCUCGUGCCCAGGGAAGAGACGAAGAGAGGUCUGUGUCCGGUGAAACGUACAGAGGGGAAGACACCCGUAAACCCGGAAUGACACCGGAAGAUAAACGGACAGCCUCCAGCGCACGUGUCUGUGUGUCGUUUGCGCUCGGGCUCGGGGUGAACACGUCGACCCCGCGUGGGCUUUACAGGUCGUUGCCUGGGAAAUACGGUCCGUUGGGAGGGCUGGUCCUGGAGAGGUGUAGAGAGGGGUGGAGCAGGCUUUGGGGUUGCAUCACAGGUCACAGUUCUUCCUGUGGGCGGGGGCUGGGCAGGAAGAAGGAAUAAGAGAAGGACCCGUUAACUGGCGCCUGUCACUUCCCCGAGGGAGGUCGGGAAUCUCAAGGAAGUGGUCCGGUGAGCAGGGGCCUGAAACGGAAAUGCUGGUCCUCGGUUUUGUUGAAUGGCGCUCCUCCAAGUAUCCCCCACCCCCCACCCCGUGGGAGGUCGCCGGACACU